GUUGAAGUCCAGCGCCUCAGGAAGGCGGCGAAGCAUGGACGAUGCCCGUUCUUUUCCCUCAUGGAGCUCAGGGAUUUGGGCACCUUCCCGUUACCGCCGGCUUGGCGGGCGAAGCUAACGGCCGCCGGUUUCCAGACGGCCCAAGAGAUGCUGGAAGUCGGGCCUUGCCAGCUGAGCAAAGAGAUCGACAUUUCUAAAGAGGAUGCUCUAGAAAUUUUAAAGGUGAUCAAACAGGAAAUGCAAAAUGAUGGAGCGAAGCCUUCUGAGGAAGCAAAAAGUGCUAAGAAGAGCACAGCCCUGGAACUGUUGGAGAAAGAGCAGACUCAAGGGUUCAUCAUCACCUUUUGCUCUGCACUGGAUGACAUCCUUGGUGGGGGGGUGCAGCUCACCAAAAUUACAGAGAUCUGCGGAGUGCCAGGUGUCGGGAAAACACAACUGUGCAUGCAGCUAGUGGUGGAUGUGCAAAUUCCAGAAUGCUUUGGUGGCCUUGCUGCAGAAGCUAUAUUCAUAGAUACCGAGGGGAGCUUUAUGGUUGAUCGAGUUGUGGAUAUAGCAGAAGCCUGCAUUCAUCACUGUCAGCUUAUUGCUGAAGUGCACCCAGAAGAAGAUCAUCAAAUAGCCUUGGAGACUUUCUCUCUUGAAAAUAUUCUUUCACAUAUUUAUUACUUCCGUUGCCAUGACUAUAUGGAGCUGCUGGCACAGGUUUACCUCCUCCCAGAUUUUCUCUCUGGACACCCAAAGGUACAACUGAUUGUGAUUGAUGGAAUUGCGUUUCCUUUCCGCCAUGACUUCGAAGACCUCUCGCUGCGAACGAGACUUUUGAAUGGCCUGGCCCAACAGUUGAUAUGCAUGGCAAAUGACCAUACGUUAUCUGUAGUGUUGACCAAUCAGAUGACCACACGCUUUGAACAAAAUCAUUCCUCUUUGGUACCUGCCUUAGGGGAAAGCUGGGGUCAUGCAGCUACCAUACGUUUAAUUUUGCACUGGAAUAAAAAGCAGAGGUUGGCGACGUUGUACAAGUCUCCGAGUCAGAAGGAGUCAACCGUACCCUUUUGCAUUACGCCCAGAAUUGUGCUGGCAGCUGCUGCACACUGCUGGCUCAUAUCUAAAUGGUUGUCCACUAAGACUCCAAGAUCCCUCUUACAGUUACUACUAUUGAGCAAGUCUCAGGGAUUCAGAGAUGUUCCGCAUUCAGAUUCAAACCUGAGCCCAGCAGAAAACGAAGCAAAUCCUCGUAAAAGGCCACGAACAGACCAGGUAGAAGAACAGUGAAUCAGAAAAAUACAUUUCGACUUUGCUUCCUUUGUAAAAUGAUAGUACUACAAGAUGGAUAUCAAGGUACCUCAGAGAGUAACAUGAAUAAAAAGUGUGAAUUUCAAAGAAU